GAGUUGAAUUACAGAUGAAAUUUGUUGGAUCUAGUUUGAUUAAUGCUGGAUUUCUUUUAUUACGCCAAUUUUUUUGCUGUUAAUUUGCUCAAAUUCGUUCGGAAUGAAGGAAUUUGGAAGAGUUUCUUUGUGUUCGUUCUGAUUGAUUGUGGAUUUUUAGUUUAGGUAAAGCUUGUUUGAACUUUGUUCAUCGUCUGAACGGAAAUUUCAUUUUAAGUUUCUCAAAAUUAGGCAAGAAUUGAAAAAUGUUCAUGCAAUCAAACGGUUCUGAGAUAGCUAAAUCCAGCUUCUCAAUGUGCAAAUGCUUGUAAAAUGUUUGUUAAGAAUAGCUUCAAAUACGGCAUCAAAAUGUGAAGUUUCUGAGUUCAAAUUUGUGGAGAUUUUGUUUCUUCAUUCUUUUCCAAGGCGUUUUGAAUUAGUCUAUUUGGUAGCUUAAACUUUUGGCUGUAAGAAUUUUUGCUUUAAUAUUGUAUACAUGGUGCCUUCAUGGAGUCUUGCAGCUUAUUGUGUUGUGGCGAAAGAAUCUCUCAGUAAGCAGAUAUCCAUAUCGUUUUUGGAACGGAUGAAAACUGACUUUAAGAAACGAUAUGGGGGCGGUAAAGCCGAUACUGCUGUUGCGAAGAGUCUUAAUAAGGAUUUCGGACCAGUUAUGAAAGAGCACAUGAAGUAUAUCAUCGAACACGCUGAAGAGAUCGAAAAGUUGAUAAAGGUGAAGGCGCAAGUAUCGGAAGUUAAGAGUAUAAUGUUGGAGAAUCUUGACAAGGCUUUUGAGAGAGGUGACAACAUCAAUACUCUAGCUGAUAAAACGGAGAAUCUUCGAGAUCAGGCGCAAACUUACAGAGGACAAGGAACCAAACUGAGAAGGAAGAUGUGGUAUCAGAACAUGAAGAUAAAGCUAGUUGUUCUUGGGAUAUUGUUAGCUCUUGUGCUCAUAAUUUGGGUUUCCAUUUGUCAUGGAUUCAAUUGCACCAAUUAAUUUGUACCGUAGGGGAAAGCUUUAGCCUUUAUUAGCCUUUAGGCUUGGGAGCUAUAUGAUGAAUGCAUUUUCUCUUCAACAUUGAUAUAUUUUUAUACAUGUAAGUUUCUAUUUGAAUGGAUGCAUUUAUUUAUUUAUUAUUUAUUAUU